AUGUCCAGUGGUCAUUCUCUCCCUGCACUGGUCAACGAACACCCGGGCGGCCGCAGGUCUGCCCUAGGGCCCACACGAUACGCCCAUGAACAAGGUGUUACGCGGAUCACGAACACCGAGGCGGACGCAACCGCAGACUCUGGUCCCGACAGCUCACCAGGCCUCGGGCUAUUCGACCAUCAUCGCGCGGGGAAUAUACCGCGCUCACUUCCUACCGGUGUCUCUACCACUACAAGCGUUCUGGUGUACCACCCACAGCCUAGAUGGGCAAAUUUACCGUCGGACGAUGUUUCUGGAUUUCAAGCAGCAUUGGCUGGUGAUCGAUACGAGUCGGAAGUUGCCUCCGAUACAUCAUCCAACUUCCCGCUACCUUCGGUGGACAGCAGGAUGAACAAUACUGGCAGUGCACCAAACCGUGAACCCAAGACUCGCCACGAGAAAAGCCGUAUCCAGCUGGCACCUGAUCAGCCUCUCACCACCCAAGGAAAGCCUCGUACGAGGGUUUACUCGGAUGAUGCAGUCGGGCUCGGAAGAUCCGUUGUGAUGGAGCAAAACCACUUUGCCAUAAUUGUGGCCGUCGCCCGGAUGGGGAUAGUCAAUGUUCAUACGACCCCGUGCCCAAACGGCGGGGUCCAGACAAAACUCCUGGAGGUCGCCAUCGUGGUGGAGAGGAGCACAUCUUUAGACGAAUCUAAGCAGGACGUAGAACAUGAAUUGACUAUACCCGGUAUUCAGCUACUAUUUCCCGUUCCUCAUACCUUACGAGGUGCGAGUUCAUCUUCGUCUGGCUCCUUCCACGAGCAACCGUGUGACGGUAGACAACCGACACGGCAGUCCAAACACGACUUCGCACCCAACCUGCAGGAAUAUGUGGAAGCUGCAGCUCAUUCUUCUCAUGCCAGUCAAACUACACCGCCGAGCAAUUCUCGUUCUGAGGAAAAGGAUGCGAGGUCGUCGGAGACUGGCAUUGGGGCAGAGCCAUCCCUUCAACAUUCUCGGAAGACCUGGUGGGAUGCUCUGAUAAACUUAUAUUCGCUUCCGUCCGACCACCUGCAUGGCCAUCCUACUCCUAAUUCGCCAACCCUACGAGAUGCCACGGUCCAACAUAUAACGGGUGACCUCCGCUUCUUAUUUCGUGUCUCCACACAUUGGUUGUCCUUCCUCCAUGCCCCGCGUUUCUUCGCCCGAUUCCAGGACGGAAGAAGUAGGGCGCAACUGCAACCUAGCUUGCUGCUGGGUGCUCUGGCGGUUGCCGCACUGUUGCGUUGCUCUGAACCCGGACAGGCUUCACAACGGAAGGAAAGGGCGAUAAGAUUGCGCGAUGAAGCUCAAAGUGCUCUGGAGGCAAGUCUAAGUGCACGAUGGGUCGACCAGAGCCUGGUACAGGCGAGCUGUGUAGGCAGAUUUUAG